AUGGUCGACCUGGCCUCGAGCCCCCAGGGCCCCUUCCAUCGGCAGCACAUUUGCCCCUGCAAUGUGCCGUUCGACUUUAGGCCGAUUCGGAUCCACGUCUACCGCAACGGCGACGAGCGGAACAGCAGCCGGGUCGUGCACGUGACGAGGCGAUACUUUCGACAUUGGAUCGUUUUUCUGGAUCAGUUGACAAAGAUUUUGAAGGCACGGGACGGGCUAGAGGACGCUACAAACUACAAAAAUUUUCAGACCACCACUGCUGUCAAUAAACUGUACACGAUAGAUGGAAGGCAAAUUAGUCAUUUCGAAGACCUCGAGCCGGACGGAGAAUACGUAGCCGUAGAAAGAGGCCCAUUCAUCCCCUGCAACUACGGUACCCUAGCUGAGAAAUUGCGAAAUAGAAAUACGCGCUUCGUCGUGCCAGGAGCCUCUCGAAACGGGCAUAAUGGAGAGCAUUUUCUGAAUGGUGCCGAGGGGGUGGAUAUCUACUUGAAGCAGCAUGGCUACGGCUCUUGCACCGGUCUACCGUAUCCGUUCGAUGGGUUUGAGAAAAGCCCCUCAUGCUCAUAUAUACACUCGAUGGUGAAUGGGGAGGAAGAGCUGAUGGUUCCGGUGCCGAAUCAGCCCUCAUGGUUAGCCAGGGAGGCGGCAAAGCAGCACCCAGCAUCCCCUCGCGCAGCCAAGAGUCAACCGGAUUUGCGCAUCAAUCUCGACGACUUUUCCGGAAAUGGAAACAUUCCGGAACCGCCGGAAAAUAGCGCUAACGAAAACAGACGGAGCGGCACCGUAAAUUUGCCAAAAAUGGAGGCAUCCGGACGAACUGAAGCCUCUGGGACUCUAGCGAUCCCUGCUCGGGCCCCAUCCAGGCUUCAGACCUCAUCUGAAGCUUCGAAACACGCCAGAAUCCAAGAGGAACCCGACUUGAAUGCUGUCGUGAUCAAAAUUUCCGUUCCGCAACUACAGACGAAUGCUACUACUGCCCCAAAAGCGAGCCUCAGCCCGCUUCAGAUAGAGGAGCCGACCACAGAGGUCGAGCCGACGGUCGACAUCGAGCCGUGCAAGGACUACAGCUACGCGGAUCAGGAUUUAGCCCCAAUUAUCACGUCAAUCUGGAACUACAUCUCCAGCUACCAGCUCGGCCACCGGCACAACGUCAUCUACAAGAAGGAAGUGAUGUGCCACAUCUUCGAGCAGGCCAAGAAGCUGAUCGCCAUGGAGCCGACGGUGCUCGAUUUGAGGGGUCCAAUUACCGUAAUCGGCCCGCUGCACGGCGAGGGCGACGCGCUGAUCGCGCUGAUGUCGAUGGUCGGCCCGCCCACUGAUCACCAGUACCUCUUUUUGGGGAAUUUUGCGGGCCUCGGCUACGCGUCCCUCGAGGUCAUCUUCAUGCUGCUGUGCAUGAAGCUGAAGUACCCGGGGCAGAUCCACAUCCUCAAGGGGUUCCACGAGGAUCCGGCGAUGUUUAAGGAAAUCGACCUCUACGAGAACAUGCAGCGACGCGGCCUCUUUCCCGAAGAGCUGAGGAACGCCAACGACUUCAUGGAGAUCGACCUGCUGUCGCGCCCGCCCACCGCCGACCUCGACCUGAACCUGACCGUCGAGGCGAUGUGGGCCAGGUUGGAGCUGGUCGGAGCCGCCGCCGCCCACGACCUGGAGACCGACAUGCCCCGCUUUACCGACGUCGAGGCCACCCAAUUCUGCCAGAAGAACCAGCUCGAGCUGCUGGUGCGCGGGCGACAGCUGGUCGACGGCGGGUUCCUGAACCACCCGAACGAGGUGGUGACGCUCGUCUCGGCCACCGCCCACCUCGACUGCUUCCGGAAUCAUGGAGCCGCACUUGGCUUCGGCCAGGACACCUCGCAGGUGACGGUGAUGCGAUACGCGUGCGCCGACGCCGAGCCGGGCAGCCUCGACGAGCACAAACCGUCGGGCGGACGCAACAGCGUGCCCAUC